GAAUACCAUGGCAUCACAUUUGGAAACUAUAUUCAAUGACUGUUUGUUACCAUCUGAAUCGAAUUCCUCUACUGUUACUGUUUCAUCAGCACCCUAUGAUAACAUGCUUCCUUUGAAAUUGGAUGAUGUUACCUCAGCAAUACAGACGCUACCUUCGAAGAAAGCGCCAGGUGUAGAUCAUAUUCGAGUCAUUCCACGGCAAGCCAUCCUAUUUUGAAUUCCUUUCAAAGCAAGAGGCAUCUUUAGCCUUAAAGACUUGGUGGAUGCAAGUGCCACUAAAAAUCGCUCCACUAUGCCUAUGCUUGCUUCAAUUGGUGUCAACAACUAUGGCUUUCCUAAGCAGCUCUCCAGUCGGUUAUACUGUCAAAUGAUUUGCUCAUAAAUGGAAUAUGGAGUUUGAGCGAUUGAAGGCCAAAUUAGGUCGUGCACUCAAAAGGACUAAUCCAAACAAAAUUGAGCUUUUGUUGAGAACUGAAUGAAAAUGUAAUUAUUUGGCUUUGGCAUAGUAAUGAAAUUGGUAAAU